AUUUUUAAACGCGAACAAAAAACUGCAAACCUGAGAUUUUGAAAAGAGAACACAACACAACGCAUUGUUUCAACAGCCAAUAAGAAACGAUUCCCGGCCGGAGCGUUUCGAGGGAAGGACGCGUGAUCGUGCGCAACAAUUUUGAUAAUUACGCUUGUAAAGAAAUAAAAAUGGGACCGGAUAAUUUUAGUGAUUAUGGCAGUGGGAGCAGCACAAAUUCAGCAAAGUCAUGGCAUACGAGUAGUAAGGAUCCGUGGCCGCAGUUCAAAUCGGAGUUGGAGCGUACGCGGAGGUCCAGCAGUUUCUUAGACUUGGUGAUGAACCAGUGUACCCUACAAGAUGCGCUGGAGGAGUUCAGGCAGAACGGCUCCGAUUCCCCUUACACUCCUGAAGAGGAGAGGAACAAUCGUCACGCAGAUCACCUGGUGGGCAUGGGUCCCUCGAGCCAGUACCUCCGUCAGAAGUCCUGGCCUCAGCCUGAACGCUCGCCCGCGCCCCGCCUGCCGCGAGAGUGGAGUCGCGCUGUAGAGGACUGUAUGCCUAGAGUAAUUACUUCUCAAGGUUUGGAACAGAAGUCGUGGCUACAACCUGAACACACGUCUGCGCCUCGUAUUCCCCAAGAUUGGAGUCGCGCUGUAGAAGACCUUAUAUCGCCUGAAGUGCCCAUGGAAGUGAGUCCACCACAGUUUGUGAAUAAUCAGGACACGAUCAGCCAGGAGCAGCUUCGUCUACUUUCUACAUUGCCGAAUGACGUGUUGUAUGCGCUGCUGAGGGAAUUGGAAGGUCAGGGCUUGGACAGGAAGGUCAAGAGGCGACAGAAUGAGAUACACCAAGAGUGCCGCUUCUGCAAGAACAACGGCGAGCGGGAGUCGUACUACCGCUCGCACCCGCUGAAGAGCGGCGGGCGCGUGGCGUGCCCCGUGCUGCGCGCCUUCGUGUGCCGCCGCUGCGGCGCCAGCGGGGACGCGGCGCACACCGCCAAGUACUGCCCGCUGGCGACCAACGAAGAGCGUAAAAAAUCAGCCGCCAUGAUGCGAAGCGUGCGCCUUGCUUCCGGGCGGCGCCGCGCUUCGCCCGCCACCGAGCUGCUUCGCUUCGGCGCGCCGUCGCAAGCUGUGCUCGAAGACAAUAAAACGUAUGCCAGCUUCCUCGACACGCCACUUGACCCGCUGUGGGCUGCUUUGGAACAAAAACUCAUGUUGUAAUAACAAAAAUAUAUAUUGACGAGUGUUGGGAGUUAAUAUUAAGUUAAUCAGGUUUUCAGUUAAAUUGUCUGAAGUAUCUAUCAAUCAUAAGAAUCAGCAUUGAAAUCUGAAAUUAGAAAAUUGUCAAAAAUUUACAUGAAUUAACAACGACAUCUAUCGGUGAAGUUGUGCACUUAAACGUAGACAGAAAACGGGACUUUAUUUACCUACUUUAGUUUACAGAAUGAGUUAUUGUUUUAUAUUUCAUCAAAUACAUAUUAAAUUCAAUAUGCAUUAUUUUAUGUCUGCUGGAUACAAUUCAACUGAAAACAAUUAAAUCUUUGAUUUUAGAAUAACAAUUAUUAGAUGGUUGAUUUAUUUGCCGCUAGAUGGCAUUUUGAUAUAAUAAGACCUAUGUUUUCCACAAGACUUGUAAUAAUUUAAUGAUAUUAUAAGUAUUGACUACUUUGUUAUAGAUUUGUAUGACUCUUAGACAAACUAGUAUCAUGUCUUAAUAUUUUAUGUAUUUACAAUUUUUAUUAUGUCUAGCAAUUGAUAUUUUUCUCGGAAAAAUGUUGCUAAUAUAUUAUUGAUUUGUUUUUAAAAAUAAGACAAACGAUAUUGUGAAAUCAAUUCACUAUUAUAUAUCCAUCAAGUAUUCUCAUUAUAUACUGUGACAUUUUAAGUCUUUUCUAUCAACUUUUUUGAUGCCGAGUGACUUAUGCGGAUUCAAAUUGAACUUAUUUAAAAUACAAAAAGUUAAAUGAAAUAUUUUAAAUUAUCAGCUUUUCACAUUAUACUACUGUGUACGUUUUAGACAUUUUCUAUUUAAAAUUAUAAGAUUCUAAAAGAAAAUGCACAAUGAAUUUAACACAUGCUGAAUUUUUGAUACAAUUUCGGAUAAAAUUGACACUUUUCCUCGUAUUUGUUUACUCUCAUUUUCAAUAGAUGGCGUUACUGGUAACGUAUGAAAUAAUUUGUGAAUAAUUACCAUUGACAAGUUAUUUUAAUUUUUUUUUAAAGCAGGAAUUAAAUUAUUUUUACAUAAUACAAUCCGCAUGUCGCAAUAUAUAUAAUCUUUAAUUUAAUUUAGAUAAUAAGGUUUUUCACACAAAGUCAUCUGUUAUUUUCCCUCGGGAAGACACCUAUCAAGAUUUCAGUUUAAUAUAUUUGUUGAUUGUUAUAAGGAGAUUUAAGUUUUUUGUACUAAAAUGUUGUUUACGACUUUAUCAUUGGGUGUUGGUAU